ACCGAUCCAUCAGUCCAUUGUUACGCACCUGUCAUCAAUUUUAGGCUAUCAUUUCAGAAUACACACAGGAGAGAGAUCGACGGAGAUAAAAAUGGAAGCUCUACUCUGCAGAAAACUGGGCGACCCAACUGUACCAAUAGACGACUCAGUAAACUCUCCAUUAACUCUCUCAAAACCUCACCCGAUUCCGCAACUCAACUCACCGACUGCAGUGAGAGUCCGAAUCAAAGCCACGAGCUUGAAUUUCGCCAAUUACCUUCAAAUCCUCGGCAAGUACCAAGAAAAAUCACCCUUACCCUUCAUACCCGGAUCCGAUUACUCGGGCACCGUCGAGUCGGUGGGAUCAAAUGUCACCAAGUUCAAAAUCGGUGACGCCGUUUGCUCUGUUGCCAGCCUUGGAUCAUUCGCCCAAUUCAUUGUUGCUGAUGAAACUGAAUUAAUUCGAGUACCGGAAGGAUGUGAUAUGCUUGCUGUUGGUGCACUUCCAGUCGCAUAUGGAACAUCACAUGUUGCCCUCCUUCAUAGAGCACAAUUGCGCGCCGGUCAGGUCUUGCUGGUUCUUGGAGCUGCUGGUGGUGUUGGAGUUUCUGCUGUACAAAUCGGAAAGAUCAGUGGUGCCAUUGUUAUUGCUGUUGCUAGGGGAGAGGAAAAGGUGAAAUAUUUGAAGUCCAUGGGUGUUGAUCAUGUUGUCGACUCAAGCACAGGAAAUAUCAUUGACAGUAUCAAGGGAUUUCUGCAAGCAAGAAGGCUUAAAGGAGUUGAUGUUUUAUAUGAUCCUGUUGGAGGCAAGCUAACAAAAGAAAGCAUGAAGUUGUUAAAAUGGGGAGCACAUAUUUUAAUUAUAGGUUUUGCUAGUGGAGAAAUACCUGUUGUCCCAGCAAAUAUUGCCCUUGUGAAGAACUGGACAAUUCAUGGUCUCUACUGGGGAAGCUAUAAAAUACAUCAACCAGCUGUACUUGAAGAUUCUUUGAAGGAGCUCCUAGCCUGGUUGGCGAGGGGUUUAAUUACCAUAAACAUUUCUCAUACUUUCAGCCUCUCAGAGGCAAAUCUUGCUUUUGCUGCCUUGAAGGAUAGAAAAGCAAUCGGAAAGGUGAUGAUUGCUUUCGAUGACCACAAAGCUGAAAGAUCUAAGCUUUGAUUGCCAUUCAAGGAACAGAGAAACUUUUCCCAAAUAUUCAAUAAUUCUACAGAGAAACUUUUCCCAGAUAUUCAAUAAUAUCACAGAGAAACUUUUCCCAAAUAUUCAACAAUUCUAUGUAUCCAAAGGUGCCGUUUGUUAAUGAUACAAAUUUUCUUGUUCCAAUUUUAAUAGCUGGAAGAUUUCUGUUCUAUGAGAUUGGGAAAAUUUGACGCA